ACUUCUGGAAUGGCUUCCUGUAUGUUCUAUCUGGCAGCUCACUAAAAGAUGGAAUAUAGUUUACUUCUUUUUAAACCUGUUUUUAUUAACUACCACCACGACCGAGGCGACACACCGCCAAGGACAAAGGGCAGAGAGUGUAGAAAGAGCACAGAGAGCUUGUCAAAGCGCUCACAAUGCUGUUAUGCCAGCUGCCAGACGAUAUCCUCUACCAUAUCUUGUCAUAUUUGGACUACAAGUCUCUGAGUCGCCUCUCCCAAGUUUGCAAAACAACUUACCACUUUGUCAACCGAGACGCCGUGUGGAGGAAGAUUGCCAAGGAGUUUUUAAACACUGGAAUCACUCGAAAUGGAAGAGACAUAUACCCUCAUAUCCCACUGAAGGAGAGAGUGAAGAUAGCUCAGAACUGGUACAACGGUGUCUGCAAAAUCGCUGCUCCUAUCAAAUGGAAGAUUAAAUUGCUGCCGUGGUUGCAGCUGGACGGGGAAGUGCUGUUUCUGUCUCAGGCCGCAAACAUCGGGGCGUACCACCUGCGGCAGGACAAGGGGAAGGUCCCGCGUAACCCCUUCGCCAUCUACUCAGGUCACAACGGUGACGUCUGCCGCUUUGCUCUGACGGAUUCUCACCUCAUCAGUGGUGGAAGCGAUGGCAAAGUCAUGGUGCACAGCAGGAGGAGUAACGUCUCAAAAGAGUUAUCAGGUCACAACCAGGAAGUCAACUGCCUCGAUGCCAGAGAUAGACUCAUCGUCAGCGGAUCCAGAGACCGAACAGCACGGAUUUGGACUUUGGAUUCCAGCUGCCCCAAAUACACGAUUACCAUGUAUGACAGAGUGUGGUCUGUGGCUAUUAAUCCCACGCUGAGCUCAUUUGUAACUGGAACCGCGUGCUGCAAGAAUUUCUCCCCUCUUCACAUCUGGGAUGUUGAACGGUCGGAGUGUGUGUGCAGUCUUGGUUCAGGGUUUCGCCGCGGAGCAGGGGUGCUGGACAUGCAGUUUGAGUCACCUUUCCAGCUCUUCACUUGUGGCUACGACACCUUCAUCCGUCUCUGGGACCUCCGCCUCAGCCCCAGGAAGUGUGUGAUGGAGUGGGAGGAGCCUCAUGACAGCGCUCUGUACUGCAUCCAGACAGACGGAAAUCACAUGAUAGCCAGCGGCUCUUCGUACUAUGGCGUCGUCCGACUCUGGGACAAACGGCAGACUGAAUGCUUACAGUUUUUCCAGUUGACCUCAGACCCAGUGAGCAGCCCGGUGUACUGCCUGAGGUUUAGCAGCUCUCACCUAUACGCAGCUCUGGCCACUGCCCUAUACUCAAUGGACUUCAGACACAACCCCUGCAACAUCAGAUGACACAAGCGCACACACCACACACACACACACACACACACAUAUACAUACAUGCACAGUUCACCCUCAUCAGUUCAAUAAAGAUGUAUAUUUGCACAAUAAAUGUGUUCAUU